AUGGACGACAUACACGCGCCAACCGUCUCUUCCGGGCCCACGUCAUCAGGCUACUCGAAUGGCAUACCAAAAGAGCAGCUAACGCUCCAAGAGCUCAUUGCUGAAAAGGACCGAGUAGAGACAGAGUUGAAAGCAUUAGGCCAGGUCCUGGAUUCGCAUGGCGUCCACAUGAAUACCGGCUUGACCACCUUUGACGGCUUCCCACGCAGUGACAUUGACGUCCCUCAGAUACGGACAACGCGCGCGCGCAUCAUACGGCUGAAGAAUGACUACAAGGAGCUCAUGUCGCGCAUCGAGAAGGGCCUCCACGAGCACCACGCGCGACUGGCAGAGCAGGCGAACAACCCAGCGACAGCCAACGGUGCACAGGCAGAAGUCGGCGCACCGCCUGCCGCAAUCGAAGCGCCUUUCGCAAAGGUCAACAGUGUCGUGGCGGACAGCCCGGCAGCCACGGCAGGUCUGCAAGUGGGCGACACCAUAACCAAGUUUGGCUGGGUGGACUGGACCAACCACGAGAGGCUGUCGCGCGUGGCAGAGGCAGUGUCGCAGAAUGAAGGGUUGGCGUGCAGAAGGCUUACAGAGUUGCAGAUUCCUAUUACCGUGAAGGCACUGCGACCCAGCCCAUCGGGCGGCCCGGCAGAGACAAUUCAGAUGCAACUCACACCACGGAGGAAUUGGGGCGGAAGAGGGCUAUUGGGCUGCCACCUGCUGCCCAUGUAG